GAUACUCUUCGGGCGUUCUUUUGAGUUUCCCGGGGUCCAAAGUGAAAAUUUAGUGCCUUACAUAAAUUGGUGUUCGUUUAAAUAUACAUGAUGAAAUGUUAAACAUGAAUAGGCGAACAGAGACGUUUUAAAAUAGUCACCUCAUAUCACCAUUUAUCCUUUAUGUCAAAAAUAAGUGUGUCCAAAGAGGUAUCCACACCGACGGGUUCUACGAUUGCUCGUCAACCCCUUGGGGGAUGUGAAUAUCCCUCCCAAAGGGCUGACUCAGGAGUAAAAAGCAGCCUCUUCUCCCAUCAACCCAUUUGUUCAAAAAGUAGCACAAUCGCUCAGAUACCAGUAUGGAUUUCAACAACUUCUCGCCCCACGUCAAGUGGUUUCAAUGCUAUGUCUCCAAGGGGAAGACGCACACUUUCCCCACCACAACCUCCACCUCUACCUCCUCCUCCUCCAAGUCCACAACUUGUGCCUUUGAAAGCUCGUUUAGCUAGAUCUAAAUCUACUGCUGCAAGGCCUGUAAGUAACCGUCCAGAUUAUGGCCAAAGACUUCGCAAGGCUAGUGAUGGUGGAGCACCAACACGACUCACCAACUCAAGUUCAAUCCGUCCAAGGUCUACCUCAGAAACGCGACCACAAAAAGAAAAUAAAGAAAAAGUUACCGCACCCAGUACUGGGGAUGUGGAAACAAGCGAGACGAGUCAAAAUGUCCCAGCAGCAAAACCGAGUGCUUUCCUUCCCAUUGCUCACCCUACUGAACGCAGUCCUGUUUAUGUUUGCCUUGCCAGUGUUGCAUUUUUAAGUUUAUCAGUAUUAGUUACUAGUAUAUUUUCUACUAUCUUUCUACCAUUUUGCCUAAUAGCUUGCCUUAUACGACGUACCGGUAUAUGGCUUGCUAACGUCUUCCAAUAUACAACUUGCUGCCAGUGUGGAGGAUUUAUUAUUUCCAAGAAUACACAUCCUGUAAUUGAAACGAUAAUAACACGUUUGUCAGCUGGUAUAAUUUCUAGUCAAAGAUGCAACUGUUAUGCUGAUACACAACUAGAUAACCGCUGCAGUGAAUCAUUAAGAGCUCUUUCAUCUGCUGAACUCAGAUGGCUUCCAGCUCUUGAGUAUAAGUAUGAGCAUGACUGGGAUGGAAAGAAUAAUGCUACUUUGUAUUAUUCUGGUCAGUCUCCUUUAGUGCUUAUCUGCCUAAGAUUUGGUGCGCCUGGAUUGAAAUUAUCAAGGCUACGUGAUUUGAUCAGCACCCGUUUACUUACACGACCUUCUGAAUGCUCAUCAUUGGCAUCAUCUCCUAGAGGUUCUUGUUUUACAGAUAAAGCAUGUUCAGAUGUCAGUAGAAAACGCCGUGAGAGUUCGUAUAUUCCUCCUUCAGAUACCCGAUCACGUUUAACACAAUGUCUUACAUUUUUAUCAACGGGUUAUGCAUGGAGAGAAUGUUUGGCAUUUCAACUAGAAGAACAUGUACUGCGUGUCCCUACCUCCAUCUCAAUAAAGUCAGAAGUCAACACAGAAAAACACUCAACGCAUGCCUACGGAACAAAGUUUGAUGAUAAAUAUUCAACCCAUACUAAAAUGAUUAAUGUGGAGGUUCUUCUUAAUGAAUUGAGCGCUCUACCGCUAAGACUUGAUCGACCACUUUGGAAGGCUCAUCUGAUUGAGCAGUUCUGUGAGAAUGAUGAUACCACAGAAGCAUCUGAUAUUGAAAGUGAUGCAGACUCGGAUGAAUCCAGUGCAUGUCAAACCUCACAGUCUAGUCGUAAACCACUGAAUAAUGCAGAAAAAAAUGGUUCCACAAAACUGAAUAAAUCAAAAAUCUAUACAAUGAAUAAAUAUAACAAUAAUUCUAAUAAACGAGGUGUUAAUCCAUUUGUCUGUCGUCGUUCUGGUUCAUCGGGUAUUGGAAGUCUGUUAGUUUUCCAAUUUCAUGCGGCUUUGUCUGACGACGGUAAAGCAUUGGUUCAUAUGUUAACCAAUUGUCUAGCUGACUUACCAAGUCGUACACAAACACCACAGUACACCCCGAAUAAACAGACACCAAUUCAUACAGCAUCAUCUACACAUGACUCUUUCGAUGAUAAAACAACCACUAAUCCAUCACCAUCUGAUUACAAAAGAAAGUGGAGAGUAAAUAAAUCUGUCAGUAUGGACUGUGAUAAUAAAAACAAUAACAAUAGUAACAUUAGUUACUUACAAAAUGCUUCAUCUUCACACAGCAAAGAUGAUUCAAAUUGGCCCAAACUAUGUAUUCCAUCGAACAAUUCUGUUUCACCAGUCAAAUCUAGUCCUUUUUAUUACUCUUGUGAAUCUUCCAAGAGUUUGCUAGUGAAAGAACAAAAACCUCAAUCAAAUAUAUCAAAUACUUUAGCCCAGAAAAAUCAACUAAGUACUUCUAAUUCUAUUCAACAAAAGCCUAAACAAGAACAGAAUGAAUCAAUUCCUAGUGUAUCCACAAAUUCUUCGAAUAUAAAUAUCACUUCAUCACUGGAUGAUGAAGAUCCUGAAGAAUCAGAAGCUGCGCAAUGGUGGUAUACAUUUUGGGCCAGUUCAUUAGCUACAAUAGCUACUGUCUGCGAUUUACUUAGAGUAGCAAUUACGGGACCAGCUAUUAUCUUUCAUAAAUAUUUUUUAACUACUGCUGAUAUGGGUUUAAUUACAAAGUGUCAAAAUACAACAAGGAGUUUUAAAUCAACCACAAAAUCCAAUGUCAAUGUUCAGUCAAGUAAUAAUAAAAGUAAUAGUAUUGAUCAAGAGAAAAAAAUUAUUCACAAAUGUGCCUUACUAUCACUAGCUAAAUUAAGUCGUCUACGUCAGAUUACUAAAGCAUCGUAUUCUGAAUUAAUUUUAAGCCUGUUAGCUGGUGCACUACGUGCUUAUCAUCAGACUAUGGGAUUCAAACAUCCUCCUGAUUUGUUAGCAUUUUUAUCAACGGAAGUCCCUGUGUUACCUACAUGUGAUUUAGGUGUUUCAGCAAUAUCAAUUUCAAACUGUAAUAACAAUGCAGAUCCACCUUGUACAACUUUUUCACGUGUACUGAAUACAACACAAAGAGCUAGAUCAAGUAAUUACGGCUUUCUCAACAUGUCUUAUUGGCGUCAGCAACAGCAGAAACAACAACAACAACAUGAUGGUAAUACGGUUGAAACUGGUCUAUUAGGGAACACAAAUCGAAUGGUGGCUUUGGGUUCACCACCAACAACAAUCAGGAGUUUAUGUCCAGGUAGAAAUGUUUUAGCAGAAUUUUGUCUGCCAAUAAAUACAGAAGGUAUGCUACCUAGGCUAUGGGAAACUAAACAAAGAUUGAAUGAACUGAACACAUCUGUCGAUCCUUUGUGUUUGGCUUGGGCUCGUACUGUAUUGUAUACCCUGAUGCCUCAUUCUUUAGCUAAGUGGAUUGAAUCAACCUAUGGUGGGCCAGCUAAAGCUAGUGUAACUGUAACUGGAGUAGAAGUAGUUUCUCCAUUUACUACAUCUAGUUCAUCAAAAAAUACAGAUUCCCAUUGUUCAUAUCAAAUGCCUAAAACAAGAAGAUUAGCAUACAUGUCUUUGCUAGCGAGCAAGUCUUCCGAUGCACGUAUACUACGUCAACGAUUAAGAAAACGUCUUCCACGUGGGGCAGCGGUUUAUCCACCACGUUUAGGAACAAGUUUUCGCGCAUUAGCUCGUCAUUUAGUCAAUGCCAAUGCUGGAAUUAUUUAUGUAGCUGGUUGUCCUAUUAUUCGUAUUGAUACCUGGAUGCCAUCUCCAACCCAUACGCCGUCGGAGCUAGUUCCCAAUGGUCAGUUGACUACUUUGGACAUUAAAACAGUGAAAUCGCCUGGUGAAACUGUUGUUCAUAUUUGUCGUGAUUUAAGUGUCACAUUCACAACAUAUGCUGGACAGUUAUCUUUGACAUUUUCAGCCAGUUCAAGACAUUGUAUUCAUCCAAAUUUGGAUUUAAUCUUAUCAGGUAUAAAGUCUCAGCUUAACAAAAUGUGUCAACUACUUUCUGGACGUCAUGUACCUAGUAUGACAAGUCGCUGGUUACGUCAUAGUUCUAGUGUGGAAUCAUCUGUAUCAGCGUUGUCGGCAAUCAGUAUGAGCCCGUCUUUAAAUCCAAGUUUAGUGCUGCAUAACGAGAUAACUGCAACCAAUGGAAAAACGAAUACUAAUCCAUCACCAGUUAGAUCACAUACUCAAAAUUCAUCUUCCAUUAUAACAAAUUCAUUAGAUUUACCUACCAAAGCAACAACAUCAUAUUCGCAACCAGUACUAGAAUCUAAAUCACAAAAUUCUGACUCUGCUUAUAAUUCCUUGGAAUCUGAUUCCGGCAUUGUUAAAUCAAACUAUUCUUCGAGUUUCAUUGAUUCAACUAAAUCAUUUUACGCUUAUCAAGCUGGUCAACCUAUUGAACAGCUUCAAGCGCAGCUCCGAUGGGUUCAACGACAGUUGGAAGAGUCAUCUAAUUCUAAAAAUGCAGUUGGAUCACCGACAGCAAAUAAUCUGAGGCUAGCUAAAUUACGCAGUGAAUUUUGCAUCUUACUUAGACAUUUAAAACAACGUUGUAGUCAAGGGGAACUGGGAAUAGAUUCUUCUCUGCAUGAUUUGAAUGAAUUUAAAGAUAUGUCUUGCGAAUCAAAGCUGAAUUGUGUUUCUGUAUCUAAGUCAAACAUGUCAUCGCCGACAAAAUGUUCACAGACCACAUCAGGAUAUCCUUGUCUUACUGGGCAAUUCAUUGCAAAUCCAUUCAAAACCGAACAAAACUUUGCAAGUAAACGUUCUAUGACCACUGGAGAUUUCGAUGAAGACCCGGACUUUUAUAUCACUGGGCAACAGGAAGUUGAUGACUUCGAGGAAUUGGACCCGAGCGACUCCGAAUUCGACUUAAAAGUUUCGGAUGUAUUGCCUGAUAAGACAUUUACAACUACUCAUACAACAAAUGAAGUUGAAGGCAUGAUAAAUUAUGAUAAGCCUAGCGCAGUUGUUGAUCAUGCCGAAGAUCUACAUAAAAAGCAAAAGCAUCAUUGGAAAGGGACAUCUGGACGCUGCAGACCAAAGAUAGCAACGGAAGUGGCCAGUUUGAACAUAAUGCCUAGUCGACGUGGUUCAUUGGUGGCACACUCAGCUGUCGAAGGAUAUUCUAAGAACAAGGGCUUAUUGGCUCAACUUGUGAACACUGUAACCAAGGUGUCUUAUCCAAAAGUGACAAGGGAAGUAAUAUAAGUCAGCUGACAGGUACACAUGGUUCACUAACAAUCAUAUCCUGAAGCGCCAUACUGCAAGAAAGGUCAGAGAGAUAUCACUAAAAACUAUAUUUUAAAGUGAUAUCGAUUGUACAUAAUACCUUUGAAAACAGAUUCUAUGGAUGUAUAGUUACGCAAUUCAACCAGAUAUGUACUCCUCUUUUCAAGUUCGAGCUUAAUUAGAAUUCAUAAAUAAUAUAAAUCAUUU